CCGUCGGACUCUUUUCACAGCUGGGACAGCGUUGCCUAGCAGCUGAAAGCGGACUGCUGCAGACUUUAUUUUACAACUUCGACUGAAGUGGAAAGGACCCGCGGGCGCUUUUGUCAUCUGUUUCCCGACCAUGUCUCGCGCCGUGAUAUUGAAAGGACCAUCUCCGUGGGGUUUUCGGCUGGUGGGAGGACGAGACUUCAGCACACCGUUAACCGUCUCCAGGGUAACUCCAGGCAGCAAGGCGGCUCAGGGUGAUCUCUGUCCAGGCGACACCAUCCUGGCUAUCAACGGCGACAGCACAGAGCACAUGACACACAUGGAAGCUCAGAGCAGGAUCAAAACCUGCACUCAGCAGCUCACACUCUACAUCAACAGAUCAGGAUCAGGAGACAGAGUGUGGUCGCCAACACUAAGUGAAGAUGGCAAGACAAGCCCUUACAUGGAUCCCGACUCACAGAAUUUCCGACCCAUCUCCAGUGGAUGUGUUGGUUACAGCCGUAAACCUUCAUACACAAGUGAACCCCAGCCCCCACAGGGUCCGCAGCACACUCACCUGAAUAAUGGACACUCCAGACCAAACAAUGAACACAGCUAUGGAUAUGGGAAUGGAACUGGACACACUCAGUAUAACAACCCAGCAGGGCUCUACUCCCAUAACAGCAGCAAUGGAGAGCGGGCUCUGUCAGGCAAGAUGGGAAGCCUCAGCAUGAGUGCCACACACAGCCCAGAGCCUCCUGUACACGCCACCGUGGGCCAUAAUGGUUUUGAGUCAGAUGUCUACAAGAUGCUGCAAGACUACGAGGAGCCCGCCUCUGAACCCAAACAGUCUGGCUCCUUCAAAUAUCUCCAGGGAAUCCUGGAGGCGGAAGAUGGAGGUGUGUCCCCAACAGAGAGACUAAGAAACCUAAAGUCUCCCAUCAGGUCUCCAAUAGCAAAGUUGGGGACCCCCUUCCUAAGCCCCAUGUCCAGUCUUCAGAAAUUACCCCAGUGUACACGCUGCUUUAAUGGAAUUGUGGGCACCAUUGUGAAAGCCAGGGACAAGCUGUAUCAUCCAGAGUGCUUUAUGUGCAACGACUGUGGCAUCAACCUUAAACAGAGAGGAUACUUCUUCAUCGAGGACAAUCUGUACUGUGAGACCCAUGCCAAGGCACGUGUCCAGCCUCCAGAAGGCUACGACGUUGUUGCUGUGUACCCAAACUCUAAGGUCGAGAUCGUUUGAGACACAAAGUGGAGCUGGAUAUACUGUAAUACAACUGGGGAACCAACAUAUGGGGGAAUUGGGCUACUGAAUAGCCCAGCCUACAUUUGUCAGGCAAUGACAAGCAGCAAUGCUGGUCUUGGAUCAGUUUUUUGGAAGAUCUCAUGAAAUGGGGGUUUCAGAGAUCCCAGACCAGCAUUUCUGCACUGACAGCUUUGAUUUAUGAGGCCAGCAGAACAUAAAUGUCUUGUACAGUGAGCAUGUUGGAAAAAUGCCGACUGUGUACAGCUGGGGACUGAUCAGCAUAACCAAACCACAGCUAAUUAAAAACCAACAGUGUGACCCAUCCAGUCAGCCCUCAUCACUCACUCAGAGUGCUUACUUAAGUUAUAGAUAAAACAUUGAAGACAGCCAAACCUCAUCUCACCGUCAUCAGUACAAUGUCAAAUGGUUCCAUAUACUAUCUAUGCCACAUACAGGAAGGAUGAUUUGAUUACAUGCAGAAUGAAAUUGCACUGUCACAUGGCCUUUUUCCAACAAAUAAUCCAAUUUCAAUGAACCACAGAUGUCACUUUGUGCUCUUAAUUACAGAUCUGAUUACAGAUGUGGAUUUUGGUAUAUAAUGCAAAAUAAGUUACUUAAAUUAACGGCUAUCCUUUUAAAAUUUUUGGAGAUGUUUGUUUGCUAAACUGAUGCUAUAAUGACUUUUAAAUCAUAAUAAAAAUUCCAAAUCAAUGAUUUUUAAACUGCAAAAUCUUAUGUUUGCCUAAUUUGUAGCUAAUCUACACUUAAUGACAAAAAUCACUUGAUAAGUAAAAUAUCAAGAAGAUGCAAGGACUUGUUUUUAGUUAAGAAAUUUUACAAAUCUUGGAGUCUGUUAAACAUCUUUUAUGUCAUAACACUUCCUAAUGCUUGCGACAUCAUGGUCAAGUGUUUUUUUUUCCCAGAAAUACCUAAAACUUUCACAAGUUCCAUUGAAAGAUUGUCUUACAUGAAGUGUGAGUGUAUGUAUAUAUUUAGAAAUGAGUGGGGGGGGGGGGGGAUCUUCCAAGAGAGAAAGAUUUCCAGAAAUAAGGUAUUGAAAAAUCCUUAGAAAACUAAUUUCGAGCUUUAUUUCACUAGUGUUGGGAAGUUUUACAUCUUUCACAAAUCUUAUGGUGAGUCAACAGAUUGUUUAAUCUCAGCUACAACUCAAAAUGAGAUGUUUACCAGACUUUCAUUUUCAAUAUGUCUAAAAA